GGCUUGCAAGACGCGUUUGAGGGAAGCUCCAUGGAAAUGUGUGAGCGGAAUCCGUUAAAUCCCGGCUACGUUGGUUCUCUGUUGAAUUUUGCUCCACCUGAGUCGCUGUAUUUCUCCAACUUGCGGGGUAAUGGAGCCCACAUACCCGGGCUGCAUCAGAUCCCUUACAACAGGAGAGAGGUGUGCACGCUCCCGUGGACUUCCUCAAGUUCGUGCACGUCCAGACCAGCAGCACCACCACCACAGAGCCGCGCCUUUGGCGGCUACUGUCCGCCGUUUCUGUCCAAUAACUCGGUGUCUGUGAACACCAACUCCUCCGGCGGCCACGUCAAGACGCAUUUGGAGGAGUCGGCUCGAUGCUUUCAGGACGCAGACCACAAGACAGAGGAGACCGGCAGACAAGAUGAGGCUUACGCCGGGGAGCAUGGGGCAGUCAGUGACCGCGGCUACUCGGACCUGCACAGCCGGUCUCACGGUCCCGGAGCCCAGUUGAACGCUGAUUCUGCAGGUCCGCUGAACGUGAACGGCACCAAACAGGAACAGAACUGCUUUCAGCCACCAUCCAGUAACACAUGCUCCAGGACGACUUUUGCUGAAGGUGCCCCAUGGUGCUCGUCACAAGUGAGAACCCGAAAGAAGAGAAAGCCUUACACGAAGCCACAGCUGGCUGAACUUGAGAAUGAAUUCAUGAUGAACGAAUUCAUCAACAGACAGAAACGAAAAGAGCUGUCAGACAGACUUGACCUGAGCGACCAACAAGUGAAAAUCUGGUUUCAGAACCGGAGGAUGAAGAAGAAGCGGCUCAUGAUGCGCGAGCAGGCUUUCUCCGCGUACUGAUGACCUUUGGACUUGAUCAUGACCAGCAGCGCACAGAACAUGUUGUGUUGUAGCCUUGUAUGAAUGUUGCAGCACAUCACGAGCCCUCUCGGUUUGUGGCACUGACUUGUAUUUAUAGCCCAAAUAAGUGUAAAAUGUUUGUAUUCCAGUCACACAGUAGGCUGGGGGUUUAAUCAAGUCACAGCCAGUCAGUCAUAUUAACAGCAGACUGAUAAAGAAUACAUAGCAGAUUAAGAUACAACAGACCGAGGCUCUCCGAAUGCGCAGUAGGCCCUGACUCCUGCUGGGCCUUGCCGCGGUUAAAAAAUAAAACAAUGAGCCUGAUUCUUUCUCAUCCAACACAAAUAUCAGGCCUGUUGAAGCAGCAUUAUGGCUCUGUAUGUUUUUGUGUAUUUUGUAAUAUGGCCUGCGCAUGUAGUGCAGGGCCUAAUGUGGAAGCAAACAGUCAAGUUCAUGUUUACGGGGGUUUACUAAAGUCAGUAUUUCAAAGUAUAUUAUAACUGCAUGUCUAUUUCCUAAUUGCUGUUAUUUAGUUAAAUGCCGAAUUCCCCCCUAAAGUUAUUGUAAGUCUGUUAAAAUGAGCAACGUCACAUUUUUCUUGUGUGUGGCCGCGGCCACAUUCAAGUUCGGUCUGUGGAGCAGAAGAUUUGCGGCGGCAUUUAGUGGUAAAAGGUAUUUACUUCAAAUGUGUGUGAAACAAAGUGGGUUUGUGGAUGUGAAACGUCCUGGUUGUGUCAGUUAAAGCCACAUUAUAACUGCUGAAUGAAGCUCCGGUUGUCAGUGUCAGACCUGGUUUUGUGUUGCUACACACAUGAGACGGUUGCAUUGGAAUCACUCUUGCUUUGAAAAUCUAUCCUUUAUAAGUAAAUACAUACUUGAUUUAAUGUAUAUUUAACCUCGGAUUGGACUUGUUUAAAAAAAAAAAAAAAAAAAAAAAAAAAAAAAAAAGCAUUCCGGAAGAGCAUGUUGUUGGUAAACAUAAAAAUGUUGAUGAGACUUUUUACGCACGGACCAGAGGUCUUGUAAAGUUGACGCAACCUGAGGAUGAACACAUUUGUAAAUAAAGCACAUUUUAAAUGA